AUGUUUAAUAAUUCUACUCGCAACUUUACUCAUCCAGAUACGUCUGAACCUUACCACGGCAAGAUACCAUGGACUGUGGUAUUUUCUCUUGAAUUUGUUCUUGCCUUGAUGGGAAACCUCCUUAUAGUGUGGAUAGUCUUUAGGGACGACCGCUUAAAAACAACUACUAAUUACUUAAUAACCAACAUGGCGGUCAGUGAUCUUAUUGGAGCUCUUUUUGUAUUUCCAUACGUAAUAGUGCUGUGUAUCUCACAAGAACAGGUCAUCAUCUUAUCUUCAUCACUAUAUUUUAGGAGCUGUGUUGCCAUUGCUAUUGACCGCUAUUUCGCCGUGGCUCAUCCAUUUAUGAAACCUCUCAAGGGCAAGAUGAAACAUGCCAUUGUAGCUAUUUGGAUUGUUGCAGCCGUAAUCUGUUCACCAUAUUUGUUCUUUUUAACAACACUACAAUAUGGCAACUCACUGUAUUGUAGUGUAUCUUACAAGAACUGGUCAUCGUAUUUGAUUUAUCAAUAUAUCUUAGGUGGUUUGGGCAGUGUUUUGCCAGUGUUGUUUAUCACAAUCACCUACAUUUUCACCAUCUACAAACUUUAUAAGCAUAAAGUCACCGGAUUGUCAAGAUCAGAACGAAGAAGAAGAGAACAACAAAACAACAAAGUGCUAAAACAUGCUGUGACAAUAGUGGUUUUGCUUUAUCUUUGUCGCGGUCUUCGGUUGACUGUUUACAUCUUGCAUCUUAAAGGAAAGCUGAGGCACCUCUCGUUCUCAUCGUUUCUCAAUUUGCAUUAUUUCUCACUUCUCAUUUACUGUAUCAGUCUUGUGUAUAACUUCUUCAUCUAUCUCAUCUUCAAUGAUAUUUACCGUGAGAAUGUCAAAGCUUUGAUACCUAAGUGUAGUUGUCGAUCUGACUUUAACCGAAGGCAGCAAAUACCAGAUGAGGGUGGAAGGGAAAUUAUAGAGAUGSAGCCACUCAAUUGA